GUCUGUUUUAUGUGUUUGCCCUUUGGUGUAGUAUAGCCUUUGAUGCCCGGUGCCAUUAAAGUCACCUGAAAACAGGUGAUUUAAGCGGAGAAAUGCAGAAAUUACACCGGGGAACUGCACUUUAUGUAAAUAAAGGAACCCCUCGAGCGUCAGGAAGAAGAAUCCUCUUCACAGGACCAGACGGUAUUGGGGAUUAUAGGGCAAGACGGACCGACUUCCCCCGCAACAUCGGAAUCGGCCCCUUAUCUCCACAGGCCACCGGUGACUUAAAUUACCUCUAUCGGGCUGCGCCUCACACGCCUCCGCCCCUGCCGAAGCAUGGUUACACUGGCGGAGUGGGAUGGGGUGUAGGGUAUGGCUUCGCCCUGAACAGCGGGAAUCUACUCAGCAACAGACAGAUAAAGCUUGCUGAGUUUCGCUCAGCCUUGGAGGAUAGGAUAACCCACAGAUAUCAAUACCCAUGGCAAGCGCCACCAAGCUUUUUGGACAGGCAGCAGGCUGGGGCCCGUGGGAGGCUUGCAUGGAACCUGAGUGACUAUGAUACAUACAGUCAGGACAACAACAAGGCAUUCCUUCUGAGCAAGAGGCAUGUGACUCAGAGGAAGACUAAGGAAAUGCACCUGAUCGACAGCACACUCCCACCAAUAGCAAGAACCAAGGCUUAGCAAAAGCAUCUGUUCCAUCACAACAGGACUGUGUUUGACAUCUACACAGUUUUGUCAUUAAUAAAUAAUCAGGCUGAGUGGAAAAGGCUUCAAUAUCAGUGUUAUAGUAAUAACAUUGAGGAAUAAAUAUAGUAAUGUUGCAUUCCUCUGCUCUGAUAAGAAAAACAGACCAGACCACUGCCAAAAAAAAACAGACCACUGCAGUGGUUGGUGUUUAAAAGGAUUGGUGUUGGCAGAUUGCUAUGCCACCCAAAAUAUCCACAGGUGACCCACCAAUGACACUGAUCCAUGUCAAAACUCCUGCAAUAUGCUGUGAGGAUGGUUAACCCACUGAUAAUUUGUUUCUAAAUAAUUUGUAAAUGAAUUUCUCAUAGUAUGGCUGGUGAGUGUGUUUCUCGAGUUUGGAGUUGUUUCAUUGAGUAUGUCAAAGAUAUUAUCAGGGUAGACUGAUUAGUGUCAGAGGAAGCCUGGUGUCCAGUCCUCUUAGGCGUGCCACAGCAGAUUCAGACAGAUGAUAGUAGCUGGAAAGUAGUCAUCUGGCGAGGGUCUAAAUGGGUCCUCAGUGCAUAUCAGUGGUCAGACACCUCUAAUAAUAACAGAUGAGGCCUCUCCAGCAAUUUUCAAUAUCCUCUGUUGAGCUAGAUACAAUGUGACCCCAUUUCACUAUUUGUCAUUAUCUUCCUGUCCUGCUGGUUUCCAGUUACAGUUUUUAGCAAGAACAUUGAUGAAAAUUUUUCCAGGAGGGUUACACUAAAUCUCUUUGUCUGGUCACCUAUAAAAUAUGUUGUAAGAAUUUUUAAAAAUUUCAACUAAUUGAUUGCCUUUUCCAA